CAUGUUGUGAAAGGUAGUCACACUGACAGUUCGUCAUCGAUCGCAAACAGUAGAGUUUCGUUGCUUUGCCGAGUGUGUGCCGCGAGUGAGUUUUGUGGUGCGUGAUUUAAUUCAGACGCAAAGUUAUUCAAGCCUGCAGUGUGCAAUGAAUCUAAAGUUCAAGCUUAAUUCCGGUUACAGUAUCCCGCUGAUUGGUCUCGGUACGUACCAAAUUCGCGGCAACCAGUUGAUCUACGAAUCGUUGAAUUACGCGUUGAAGGCCGGCUAUCGACACAUCGACACUGCUGUCGUUUACCACAAUGAGGAGCAUAUCGGACGGGCCUUGAAGACUCUGCUUCCAAAGUACAAUUUGCAGCGGGAAGAUAUCUUCAUUACUUCUAAGCUGAUAUCUCAAGUCAACAAAGGCGAAGAAUUCGUGGAGGAACUGGUACAUAAGUCAUUGGCCAAUUUACAAACUGAAUAUAUUGACCUCUACCUCAUUCAUUGGCCAGGCGUUAGCGGCCUUCAAGUGUCUCAUCCGGAGAAUGUUCUUUAUAGGAAGCGAACUUGGAAUGCGCUCUGUAAGCUACACCGAGAGGGAAAGUGUCGAUCCAUUGGUGUGUCUAACUAUAUGGUUAACCAUUUGCGGGAGCUGUUGGCCGACUGCAAUGGUGUUAAACCGGCUGUAAAUCAGGUUGAGUGGCACCCGCACCUCUACCGGUUGGAGCUACUGGAACUGUGCCGUUCGGAAGGAAUCUUCCUACAGGCAUACUCGUCACUCGGUACCUCCGUCUCCAACGAUCUACGUAACGAUCCGGUGGUUGCCGAAAUAGCUGCUCGCCUACAUCGUUCGCCGCCACAGAUUCUGCUGCGCUGGGCGUUACAACGGAACGUUGGUAUUAUACCUAAGGCUCGCUCUCAAGCCCACAUUGACGAGAAUAUUGCACUAGACUUUGAGAUUUCGGCGGAAGAUAUGGAACUGCUCGACGGUUUGAAAGACACCAGUGGUGCGAGGUACUCGUGGGAUCCGGACACGGUUGUUUAAAGUUUAACUAAAAAAAUUGCAAUAUCAUGCCUAGUAUAGAAUCCGCUUUCAUUAUUCAUGUGGUGCCUUUUUAGAUCGAAAAAAGUUCAGCGAGUUUUAUUUAUUUGGGAAGGUAUACUGUUAAAUUGUCAUUGUUACCAUCGAGUAAUAAACUGUUAGUUAGAACUAUGGCUCCGGAGGAGGCCAAUAAAA